AUGACGAGCUUUGCCAGUAAAGUGUUCUGCAGGGUGGAGAAGCUGUGCCACCACCUCCCCGUGGUCCUCAACACCUUCCUGGUCUUCUCCAUCACCGGGGAGGUGAGCUACCUGGUGCUGGUCGAGGCUCCUCUGGAGGCGGACCAGAAGAAAACGGUGUGGUCCGCCUGGUGGAAAGCCGUCCACCUGCUGGUGCAGUACUUCAUGCUGGGAAACAUCUGCUGGAACGCCCUGCUCUUCCUCAGAACCAGCCCCAGCAUCAAGGGGGUGUUCCUGGGAGGAGAGGGCAUGGGCCAGGGGUGGAGGUACUGUUAUACAUGCGAGACACACACUCCUCCCCGCUGCUCCCACUGCUAUGACUGCAAAGUGUGUGUGCUGCGGCGAGAUCACCACUGCGUCUUUUUUGGCCAGUGUGUGGGCUUCCGUAACUACCGCUUCUUCCUGAGCUGCCUGUUGUUCAUGUGGUCUGGGCUCCUGUACGCCACUCUGAUGAAUGCAGAGGUCUUUAUUGUCAUACUGAAGGAGGGGUUGACUAUGCACAGCAUCCUGCUGCUGCUCAUACCCUGGAUCAUGCUAGUUUCAGGCCAGGUCUCAGCACGUGCCUUUGCCUUUGCCUUCAUCGCCGACACAUGUGUGGUGGGUUUCCUGCUGGUGUCCGCUUUCUUCUUCUUCCAUGUCUUCCUGAUGAUUAGGGGACAGACGACCAGGGAGUGGUACUCGACCCGCCGACCCUACAACCUUGGGCUCCUGGGCAACCUGCGUCACACUCUAGGCAUUCGCUGGUACCUCUGCUGGCUCUGCCCACUCAUCCCAUCACCUCUACCUGGAGAUGGGAUAAACUUCCAGGUCACAGGGUCACUGGAACCCACCCGGUAACAGCUGAGAGUCUGAAUAUUAACAGGCUGUGUGUCUUUACUUUCGUGGUGAUGGUUAAUGUCCUCGGGAGCAGCAACUGGGAAGAUCACCUCAGUUUUGAAGAGGUAGAUUGGGAUGGGAAGAAGCAAGAAUAGUGUGUGGUUGUUAAAGAUGUUACUGGGGAUAACUGUGUACCAGUAUAUUCUCCAGUAAACCUGUGCUGAGACUAAGAAACGAUAUAUCUUCUUUGGAAGGUACAUCAACCUAAAGGUAAUCUGUACACUCAUUGAGGCUGGCCUCAGAAUAUUAACACAGAAAUUUGCAGCGUUCCUUGGGAACACUGAGCACUGAAAAUGUAUGUAAACAACACUUAAAUAAGAAUGUAUCUUAUUGAUCUUGAACAAUCUAUCAUUUGAAAUGCUUUUUAACAAGCACUCGCCAUUACUGACAUUGAUUCCUGGGUAGUCACCCUUCUGGGAGUCGUAACUACUUAAAUUAGCCUUUGUUAUACUGUUUAAUUUGCCCAAAUCUGAAGGUCAUACAAGGAUUAUAAAAUACACAAUCAUUAGCCUCCUAUCUGCUGUUGUGCAUUAGCUGCUAGGAUCAUUAUAUGCUUGUGCUUUCCCUUUGUCUACGUCCACUACUCAGCUCCAGCUGAUUUUACACUGAGCUGUGUACUGAUUAUUGUCGUGGGGCAUUUAGAGCAUCAAGAGGGGGUUCACAAUGAUGUCUUAACAUCUCCAGGACAACAUACGUGUAAGAAAAAACAGAAAUUGUACAUGGUGUGAAAUAUAUAGUGUUGCAGUUGUUUACGAAGUAAUGUAAGGUCUACCUGUGGAGAGCAUGUGUGAACGUUCCUCGUGUUUCACACUACAUUGUCCACAUUUCAGCUACUAAGGGACUUCAAACCAAACGUACAGUGUAACAUGAUGUGUACUGACUCAAGCAACUACAGUGUCCUAAUUCCCUACUACAUACUAAUUGCACACAUUAUUGAAUUCUAGUGUUAAUAGCAUCCUGUUUUGGUUAGUAUACAGAAUAUUGACAAACAUGACUGUUUUUUUUACAAUACUUUUGAUACGAUAUUUACACUGUCAGAGACGUCAAUCAAACUGUGACUUUGCAAUGUUACUGUCAAUUAAAAUGAACAAAGAGAAAACCAAAUCAUUUUCCAAAAAACUUAUGAUUGAUUAUUUGUUGCUUUGAUUUAGUGUGUAGUAUGGGUUUUGGGACACAUGUCUUACAGCACUUGUUUACUCAUUACAAUCCCUUUCACCCUCUCUUGUGCACUUUUGCUUGUGUCAUUUUUAUUCUCCCGGCCUUAAAAUGUAGUGAAAAAUUACAAGCCUCUGCUCUGACAGGUGCUCUUUUGGCUCCUUGUCCCACAGCCAAAAAUAUUGUGUGUAACUAAAUAUUGUUAAUUGUUAUAAACACAUGUAUGCUUGAUUAUUUUAUUUUUGUGCUAUUUCACACGGGUCACACCAUUUGAGGUUUGGUUUUUGCCAUUUGAUUUGUGCUUCAAUAAACUGUGUCAAGGGAACCAUUGAAA